AUGUUCUUUGAUCAUGCACGAGCUGGCUGGGAUCUUCAUGAUGCGGAAAAUGAGCUGUUUUCUAUGAUACAUCUCGAGUCCCUACUGAAAAAGGCGGUAUAUAUCAUCACACAACAGCCGGAUGCAGUUUUCUCGCCGGUUCACGCUGCCCGGGAGGAAAAUCCCGUUCCUGCGGGGGCGGAGGAACAAGUCCAUUUCAUUGCAAACGCUUUGUUAAUGGACGCGUACCCUCCAAAUAUGCACUGUACUAGCGCAGGCGCCCUUAUUGCCAUCGACAUUUUCUGUGAUCAGCGCAAUGCCUCUGAUGCAAUAUCACGAUUUACAUCAUUUGCUGAGGAGAUAUUCCCUCCCCAGCCUCGGCGAUUGACCUUUGUUGGAAAGGGAUGGGACAUGUUUAAAUUCUGGUUAGAAGAUGCGCAAUAUGACUCCAAUGCAUUAGAUGCCGCCCUGAAGAAGGCCUUUGGAGCCUCUCGAUAUUUAUUUCAAUCUCCACCAACCAAACAAACAAGCGGCAGUGUGGCAAUAACGGCAAGCCAGGUAGACGAAAACGGCAAGCUUUGUUUGCUGACUAACUAUCGCCACCUGGGUCACGAUAGCUAUCGGAGAUCCUACACAACAAUUAUUCCUACGGAGGAAGAACCGCGACUAUGGCAAGCUGCGAGAUGUAGUGUUUCUGCACUCGGAUACUUCAAGCCAAUGUUUCUUCCUGGAAUUGGAUUACUUCAGGACGCUGGUGUUCGAGCAAAUUGCCCGCUCCGAGUUGCUAUACGAGAAACUCUAGACAUGUGGCCUACUAAUGUUGAGCCUAGUCUGGUUGUCAGUGUUGGAACGGGGUUUUCUCUUACCCCCAAGCUUUCACCGCAUCGGAAUGGAUUCAUCCAUCGUGCACUUCAUGCUUUUAUCUAUGGUCCUGCUGUUGACGGGAACGAAGGAUUUCAAGACGCGUAUGAUAAUCUUCCUCGUGGGGCCCAAGAAAACGUGUUCAGGCUUAAUCUCCACUUAAAGAAUGGACUACCACAGCUUGAUAGUGUCACGAGCAUCAAGGAGCUCGUAUCUCUGCCAUAUACUAUUCCCAACCGACUUUGUCAAAUGAUAAUUUCACGCCUGUUCUUCUUCGAGCUUGAUACGGAGCCAGCCCACAUGGAUCGAGGAAUUCUAUGCACAGGGUCUAUUCUUGUGAAAGGGGACCUUGACAGCAUGUUGGAUGCGGUUGAAAGAGAGUAUCAGGAUCCUAUCUUUGCUAUGGUGCCCGGUGCCAAUUUUGGCUCAGUCACUAACCAUCAGGGAUGUACUGUAUGCGCUUACUACCGCAAACGUGUUCAGUUCACAGUUUCAAGUCCAGUAGAAGAAUUUUCAUUAUCAAUCAAAAGUAAAACGUUCAGUGAAAGGAUUAACGGAUUUCCGACUACACUCUCCAGGAUCCUCAAAUUCCAGGGUGUCGAGGCUUCAUUCGGUAGAUCUGACCACAGGCAUACCUGGAAGCCACAACGGGCCAUCGAAAAGGCGUAA